AUGGGUUCUUGCCGUCCCCGGAAUUACGCUCGCCGCAUUUCCUCCUCCAGAUCCGUAGUUGAGCAUAUUGACCUGUACGGGGAACUAAACGCUCCUAUGAGAGGUGUAACUACCGUAGCAUUCAACACCACUGGCGAGCAUCUUAUGUCAGGUGCAGACGAGCAACAAAUAAUGCUAUGGGAUUGGGCACCAAAGAAACUCAUAUCUUCAUAUCCAUCUGGCCACAGUGACGCGAUACUCCAGGCCAAGUUUGUGCCGUUCUCUAACGACCGCCUAAUAGUAACUUCAUCCGCCGAUCACCAGGUCAGGCUUAUCCAUGCCAGGGAGAGUGGUUCAGCUGCAAACAUGGAAUUAUCCAAGCACCAUGGUUGUGUUAACGGUCUUGCCGUGGUACCUUGUUAUCCUCACGUAUUUUAUAGCUGUGGGGUAGAUAGCUAUGUCCAUCGUCACGACCUACGUGUGGGCUCCACCUCUAAGAUUUUGCGUUGCGUGUCGAUUAUAACCAAGUUGGGGGUUAGGCUGUUUUCUAUCGACAUUGACCCACGAAACCCGCACUACUUUUCCAUUGGGGGAGAUGAUCCUUUUGCUCGUGUUUAUGACAUCCGAAAGUUCGGCACAUCCACGAACCAGAGGUCCCCUGCCUACAUGUUCUGCCCCCGUGUUAUGGCCUCGUUCGCCUAUCCCUACAUCACUGCAUUGGCCUACUCGAGGAAGAGCGAGCUUCUUGUCUCGUACAACGAUGACUCAAUUCAUCUCUUCCGGAAUAACUCGGGCCCGUGCCUGAGCCCGGAUGACGAGCAAGUUUACGUGGGCCACCGAAACUCUCGCACGAUCAAGGGAGUGGGCUUUUUCGGCCCGGAUGACGAGUAUAUAGUGAGCGGGUCGGAUUGUGGCCGAGUUUUCUUGUGGAUGAAGAAAAGUGGCGAGAUUGUUCGUGCGGUGGUUGGUGAUGUGGAGACGGUUAAACAGGCGGUGGGCCAUCCCUCGAUUCCCGUGCUCGCCACUUGCGGGAUGGAGAGUAGUGCGAAGAUUUGGGGGCCCACGUCGAAUUCCAAAGCCCCUAUGCCCGAGCCUUUGGCUAACGAUGAUGAACUAGAUGUGGAGGAUCCUUAUGAAGGGUAUCAGGACUCGGAUUCAAGCUAA